GGUUGGGCUUCUCGAAGCAACCUCUUCCGAUCUUAGGAGAGGUUUGAGAAUAAACCCUUGUUGGUCAAGUUCUCCCGACAACUGGACCCGAUGGUGGAGCUGAAGUCCACAGCAGGCAGAAAAACAACAUCGCAUGAGACAAUAUGAGCUCACAGCUAGUCAGAAUUGUUUUCUUCUUGCCUUUCCUCCUUAUAGGUUCCACAGAGUAUCAAGACCCACCAAAGUCUUCGCCCUUUUCCGUCAUUCAGACGCCUCAUUUUUUGAAUGUACCAGAAGGGUCAGACGUGUUGUUGAAUUGCGCUGGGGAAGGCAAUAUGUCUUCAAGAUGGUUUUUAAACUGGAUGAAGGAAAAAAAAGAGAUCAAAAAUACAACCUGGAUUUCUGUCAGUAAAAAUGCAAGCAACAGAUCUAGCAUUUUAAAUCUUAUGUCAACUGUUGUUGCUGAUUCUGGAAUCUAUCAUUGUGCAAUUGAAGAUCGAGGAGUGUUGAAAAUAGGGAGCACAAAUGUGACAAUCUGGGAAAAACCCUAUGUGGAUGUGAAUCAGACUCCACCAGACAUCAACAAAAAAGCAGGGACUAAUGUCUCAAUUACGUGCAGUUUUCGCAGCGUUGCCAAUCUCAGUUUGAUAGAAGUGACAUGGUACAAAGACAAGCAGGAGCUCAGAAGCCCAGAAUACUCUGAGAAGAAAAAGGGGAAAGUGAUUCUUAGACUAAUAAAGGUAGAGGUGGAGGAUUCGGGAUGCUACGUAUGUAAUAUCACGAUCGGAGAUCGAACAGGAUCAGGAAACGGAACGCGUGUUCAAAUUACUGCUGCAAAUCCAUUGCUGAUCCAGUCACCAUCUUCCAUCGAGAGGACAGAAGGGGAAAACUUCACCAUGGACUGUAGAGUCCAAGGGAACGAAACCAAACUCCUCUCUCAUGUUUCAUGGUAUAAGAUUGCCUCUGAUGGAAAGAAGAGGGUAAUGACACAUGGAACACGCAAGAUUCUGAAAGACCGAGCUUCUCUGGUUUUGAGGAACAUCAAACAGGAGGAUGCUGGAAAUUAUAUCUGUGAAAUUGAUAGAUAUCGCCCGGGGACUGGAACUAGGGUGACAAUCCUUGGACGUGAGAAUCCAUCGCAGAUCACCAAUGAUGAUGAUGACAACAAGAAACCAGGUCCACCCCCAAAAAAUAUCAUGAGUGAAAUCGGAAUCCCUGUCGGGGUUGGAGUAGCCACAGGCACCCUCAUCUUCUUGCUGAUUCUGGGCGUCCUGGUAUGGAGAUCCAAGAGGAAAAAUAAAGGAGCUGCAGAAAACCCUCCGGAGGUUGAGCCCACAGAAGUCAAAGAAGACAAAAAGCAAACUUUGACCAAGCAAAUGAGCGAUGUGACAUAUGCUGACAUCAGAUUCCACAAAAGGGAAGCUCAACCAGAGACUGAAGUUGUGUAUGCAGAAGUGAGAUUGGGCACAAAACGGCCUGAACACAGAGACAGAGGGACCCAGCCUGCAGGCCUUCACUGAGAAAAGAGGACAGAAGGAGGUAUUCAGAGCUGAGUUGUCUUCAGAAGUUCCUGAGAUAGGUCCUACCAUGAAAUGGAUGGUUCCUUUCAAAGCCCAUUGCCUUACAAGUCUUCACCUGUUUAUCCAUGAAUGGAAGAAUUGCAGUCUGCCUCCCCUUUCUCAUUUCGGUAGAGAUAGACAAACCUAAACUGAAGCCAUCAUGGCUUAUCUAGACACAAUGUCUUCCAGAGGAGAUCCCUUUUUUUAAAAAAAAGAUCAUCUUUUAUGGAGAAGCAUCUUUGCUUGAGCACCUGGAAGGCAGCCUGGGAUACAAUAUACUCCACUGGGAUAAAAGGAUCUCUUUUUAUUAUUAUUAUUGUUAUUAUUUAGGCAAUAUUCUUAUUGUUUCUGAUGUUGACAAUUGAAAACCCUCACAAGCCUUGAAUGGGACUUUGAGAUGUGCAAAAAUACAGAAGAACACAAGGGGGCAGAAAAAUCCUGAAAAAGAAAAAAAAACAAGACAUUCUGUCUCCAUCUAGUGGUCAUCUGAAUUUCUGCAGCCAACCUCUUGGAGGCCAACAUUCAAU